GGGGGGGGAUACGAAGUUAUGUUUGUGUCAAAAUGUUACAAAUAUGGAUUUGCUGCAUUUAAAAUAGGAAUUGUUCAAUUUUAACUCAAACAUUUGCUAAUUGAAGCUCAAAAUACUAUAAAUGACUUUGAAAUAACUUGUUUUUUAAAACAACAUUAAGUUCACCUCUGGUCCUUUACAUAACCAGGAGCAUUGUAUUGUUGGUGCGUGUUUGUCUUCUCUGUCUCUGCUUUGUGUGCGACGGGAGGUUGUGUUUUUCGCUGACAUAGUUGCAUAGGGAUUAUAAAGCAGGGACCACAUGCCCCCGCAGGCCAUUGUUGGCUUCUCUGUCUCUGUUGUCCUUUUUUCUACUGAGUGAGUCAAUUGAUGGAGGGAUAAAAGGCAAAAAAAGAAUGCACUGACAUGGGCUUUCAGGACAGAGCGAGGGAGGGAGGGUUCAUGUGGAGAUCGUGGAGCCCGACUGUCGGAGGCCUUUACCUGGUGCCUGCAGCGGAGCGGCCAUGAGGGCCCAGAGCUGCCCCGGGACUAAACAGGGGACGUCGACUAGCAAACCAUGUCUUUAAACUACAUCAAAAACUUCUAUGAAGGAUGCCUCAGGCCUCCUACGGUGAUAGGCCAGUUCCACACCUUGUUCUUCGGCUCGGUGCGGAUGUUCUUCCUCGGCGUUCUUGGCUUUGCCGUCUACGGGAAUGAGGCGCUGCACUUCAGCUGCGACCCUGAUCGCCGUGAGCUCAACCUCUACUGCUACAACCAGUUCAGACCCAUAACACCUCAGGUAGGACCAAACCAAACCAAACUAAACUGGGAAAGACGGAACACUGCAGCCGUCAAUGAAUUCAACUGGGUUCCUGCCAUAUUGGACUCAGCUGCACCAACCUCUUGUCUUUUGAACUUUCCUCAACCACUCCUUUUCGUCUGUCGUUUUUUCUCUCCCACCAUCUAUGUCAUUAUUCCUCUGGUCUUUAUCCUAUUGUCUCCUUCCACAGGCUUUCCUCACUUCCUGCUUCCUUAUGUCUGCCCUCUCCAGGUCUUCUGGGCAUUACAACUGGUCACAGUGUUAGUUCCUGGCGCGGUGUUCCACCUCUACGCAGCCUGUAAAAACAUUGACCAGGAGGAGAUCCUCGAACGACCCAUCUACACCGUCUUCUAUAUCAUCUCUGUUCUUCUACGCAUCAUUCUGGAAGUCAUCGCCUUCUGGCUGCAAAGCCACCUCUUUGGCUUCCAGGUCCACCCGCUGUACAUGUGUGACGCCAGUGCUUUGGAAAAGACCUUUAAUGUGACUAAGUGCAUGGUUCCUGAACACUUUGAAAAAACCAUCUUCCUCAGUGCCAUGUACACCUUCACUGUGAUCACCAUUCUUCUCUGUAUUGCUGAGAUAUUUGAGAUACUCUGCCGACGGCUUGGUUAUCUCAACAACCAAUGACACACACACAUAUGAGCAAACACGCAACAAAGGGUAAAUAAUAUAUCACUAUUUCUGCCAGUCUUCAUCCGUUAGCUACCGCUGGACACUUGUGAACCAGUAAGCUAACGCAAGAGCGAAACUUCAUCUGUGGUCCAUCGUGAGUGAGUUGCACAGAGAAAUUUUAGAACGUGCGAUAAUGUCGGAGCUGGCAAGUCUGAAAUAUUCUUCAGGUGUUUUUUGCCCUUAAGUGUAGAGUGAUGACCCCGAGUCUUAUUUCAUCAGUGGGGCUGUACUGGCUGUGCUGUGUCCAAGGCUCUUGUAUGGAUGUAAUGGCCAGAGAAUACUUACGUCUGACUCUGCACCGUUGGGGAUGGGUUAGAAAGGUUUCUGGUUUCCUUUUUUUUUCCACAAGAUGACUAAAAGAGAGGCGUCAGCUUCAUGGUGCUGCUAAAAAGUGUGACAAAGUAGAGCACAAGGAAAGACAAACAGGUUGAAGCCUGUUCUUGGAGUUGCACCCAGUUGCACUUCAGAUUUGAUAACACUAGGGAAGGAACACGCUGGUAGCAUUAGUUGCACACAUUUUAGUCAUUGGCUGAAGGACCUGUGAGGCACGAACUACAUCAAAGCUCAUCAAACCAGUUUGACGCAUCUUGUCUGGACUUUGUUCAGGUACGGUGUCAACAUGCGACCUUCUCUGUGUCAGCAGAUCUCUAAAGUGGCACAAAGCUUUGAUGGAAAUGCAUAAAGUCUUCAUGUCAUUUAAUAACAACCAACAUAGAUAGUCACACAUUUCCACACUUUAGUGUAGCUUGUCGUCCAGGUGCUGAUCAAACAUGACAGGCAGAUUAUCGAGGAGGCCAUGGAUUAUCACUUGCGUCAUUCUGAGGAAACUGUGAUCCAGGAGACCUUACCCAUGGGCCAGUGAAUUGCAGGUGCCAACGCUCCUGACUCGUCUGUGUGUGACAGUUAUCGCUUCCAAUAUACAUCUGUUAUUGCCUCCAGCCCAUUCUGACCUUUACUUCCAUCAGCAUGAAUGCCACAACUUCGUUGUGGACCUGCCUUUUCCGAUAUUUGUUUCAGCUUGGUGGGUCUUGAAACAACCUUCUACUUGACCUGUAGAAUCGAGAACGGCUUAAACAAAUGGCUCAGUCCACUUCUAUGAAACACAAAUCUAUGGACUGAAAAAUGUUACAAAUGUUGGGUUUUAUGUAAGUGUAAAGAUUUCCAUCAAGGAUACUAAAUUAUAUAUAUAAAAUGGGUUUGAUGUAAUUAUAUAAAGAAAAGCAACAAGUGAAACCAUUCCUGACUUUGACUUUAAAGUCAAACUAUCUCUGCAUCAAUUAAUUAAGUACAAAUUGUACAAAUGUGUUGGAAUGACGAUAUUGAAAAUAUUUAAAAUUCUUAGAAGUUACAAUGUUUUUUAAAAAUCUGAGAAAAUAUUAGUUGCCAGGAAAAAGUACUAUACAUUUUUUUUAUAAUUAUACAAACAAAUUGGUAGCCAUCCAACGUGGUUCUGGGCAAUUUCGUUGUUUCACAAAAUAGAUAUUGAACCGCCUAAAGUGUCCUGUUGAAACAUACAAGUUAAAACAGAUUACUAUUACUUUUGGUUUAAGUGGUUUUUCAGUCCAAAUAUAUUUGAAAAGAUGGUUGAGCCUUUGUCCCUGUUUGAUUCUCCAGCCCCCACUCUAUCUCUUUAUAUCACCUUCUCCUUCAAAGGUACGAAAAAUUGUUUCUCUCCCUUUGCCCUGGUGUCACUGUUUUUUUGAAAAUGAUUACCUCUAUUGUUUUGUAAUGUUUUUUUUUUAAUCAGACAUCCAUCCAGCUUUUGUUAUGAAGUUUUCAGCAAUCUGCUUAUCAUCUCAGGUACAAAAUUGCAUUACCAGACAAAAGUGGAUCAAUCCUUCAUUUCAGAUCCUCUUAAACCCUUUAAUGCUGUGAGCGUCUGCAGCGCUGAGGGCCACCGAUCCCGACCUACAGAACCAAAGGCCUGGUUGGCCUGAAUGGGUUUGGGAGGAUUUGAAACAGGUGAACUCCUGUGGUUUGGGCUCGUCUUUCUUCUGGUAUAUGUGAGUGAAGGAUGGUUGUAAAUGUUGCCUCUAAAAGUCCUGUCACCGAGACGUAGGCCUUGUGUAUGUUCACGAAAAAUAUAGAAUGAAGAGAACAUGGCGUGUCGAAGGAUUGAUCAAGUCUGGGACAAUUUGCUGGAAACGUUGCCCUGAUCCAAAAUCGCAACAGUCCAGAUUCAGUCCAGCUCAUUAAACUUAUUAUAGGUAGAAUGGGACGUUGGUCUUGUUAUGCUGCGUUCACGCCAAACAGAAUGCAGGUUUGCAACCCACCGAUAUCCGGCUCUUCUCUUUCAGACACGGACUUCAGUGACGGGAGGAUCUUAAUGCUAAUCGGCUUUUGGCGACGUCACGAUACAAAUUUAUUUUGUGUCUGGUGUGACCAGGCCAGUAAGCUAGUGCUAUUAGCAUUCGUAAACAUUUCAACUAAAUGACGAAACCCUGAUGAGGCAAUAAUUGUCAGAGGAUGGCCGAGAUUCAGACGUUUAACUCAAAGUCAUUCUAAAGGCUGAAACCAACGGGCCAGUCUUGGUUGAGACCUUGUUCAAAUUUUUUACCCGAAGCUGUGGUUAACUGUCUUAGAAUGAUCGACUUAUACUUGGUGAUUCGGAAAGCAGGUGGCAUCAUUAGACAAGUUUGAGACAUUCAUAAGAAGAUUGGAAUGCUUUUGGCCUAAUGAUGAACUUAAGGAUAAACUCAUGUUUUGACGAACUCAACUGAAAACUGUAUUGAAUCAACACUAAUAUGUGAGAUACAUUAGUUUGAGGCUCACAUUGAACUUACGGAGUCAAGGAGGAAAUCUUUAUCACGUGUUGAUGCUUCUUUGUGCCACAAAUCUCAAGAUCAUCAACUCUGAUGCGUCACACUCCACACUGCAUCCAGACUUCAGCUUUCAUUUUUAUAUCUUCGAUUUUUACUAAUGUCACGUCAGUUGUGAAAAAGUAAUUUCAUCUGCUGUCGUUUGUCUCUAUGUUCAAAAAAAGUUUUCCCUUCACGAAUGUCUACAACCUCACAGCUACGUCAAAGACACAGAGGCGACUUUAUGACCAACAGGAACAUAUUGACACAGAACUGUUUGUCCGACUGCUGCUGUUCACUUUGUACGACCCGUCGGUCUCCGACGUGUUUUGUCUUGAGAUGAUUGAUUAAAAAUGUUCUACAAUUGUCUUUGUUUCCUUUUUGAUUCAUUUGUUUGCCUAAUUUCAGUACGUAGACAUAUUUAC